GCACAGCACAGGUGUCCGAUUAUAACCUGCCGGCGGGAAAGAUGCACACACACACACAAACAAACACACAGACACACACACGGUUUUCAUUCGAGUUUGUCCAGAGGAACAGCAUAAAUCGAGUUGUUUGUAUUGAUAGCGAGUCAGGUUUAAUGUUUGUUGAGAUUUUAGCGUCUUUGAAAUUACGAGAUUCAGUUUUAAUUGAUUUCAGAUUCACAUGGAUCACUAGAGCUCUACAGAACUGGUGUGUGUAAGAGUGUGUCGCGAUGCAGACUGCAGGGUUCAGACAGAAGCUGCUGGAGGCGUUGAGUCUGGGCAGACUGCAGCAGUACUGCCUCCCCCACGCAGACGCAGACGCAGACGCAUACGUCCCUCCCCGCCCCUCCUUCUACAGAGCAGAGGAGGACAGCGAGCUGUUCUCUUUCAUCACAGCCUCCUCCUCCAUCACUCUCUUCUCCUCGUCAUCCUCCGAGAGCGAGAGUGCGUCAAACCCCUGCUUGCGCAGACGCAGACCGCCGAGCCGUCAUGGCGUGAGAGAGCCGCUCAUCAUGGGCAAUCAGGAUGGAAAGCCAAAGCGCUCCGAAGGCGCGGCGGAUGAAACCGUGGCUCACGACGGCACAAAGAAAGGGAAGAAACCGCGAGGGGAGGGAGGGAAGAAGAAAAACAAAUCCGACAGAUCCUCAGUGUUCCCUCACAUACGCAAGCGCAAGCACCAGAGCAAGGCUAAAAGCUUCCUGAGCGGAUCCAAAGAGGAUGCAGCAUCGCAGGAUGAACUGGACAGCGUUCCCUCGCUGUGCAAUAAGACACCCGAUCUCUCCGGAGAUGAGCUCGUACAUUCGGACGCCGAGCCCGAGCAUCCUCGUCUGGAGGAGGAGAAGAAGGUGGCCAGCUCCGGGUCUGAUACGGAUAUGUACAGCUUCCACUCGGCUGCGGAGCAGGAGGAUCUGCUGGCUGACAUCCAGCAGGCCAUCCGUCUGAAGCAGGGCGUGAUGCUCGGCUCCGUCCAGAUUCCCUGGGAGUGCAAACAAACCGGAGAUGCUAAAAGCACUCCCACCCCCGACUCGGAGCCGUUCACCGUACUGGAAGCCAUUCCUAAAGCGGAAAAAAACGGGAUUGUGCUCCUCGGGGAGGAGCCGGCUGUGAACGGGCUCUCAGAGGAGGCCCUUUGUGCUCCGGUCGCCGUGGAAACGGUCACAAAAGAGCCUGAGGCCCCUGUUUCUCCUCCUCCUCCUCCUCCUCCUCUUCCUUCUCCUCCUCCAGCGCUUGCUCCUACAAACAGCACCACAAGCUUCCCGGACCUGACAGCGUCGUUCGAGAGCGCCGUGGAGGCCGUGGAAGACGACCGCUCGCCUCCCAGCACAGAUACAGCGUCUGACCUCAGGUCGGCAGGCUCGCUGGAGUGUCUCACCGUCAUCGAGGAGCUCGUCCAGAGGCGCAAGAGCAGCGUUUCGUUCCCUCCGGAGAGUCCUCUGGCCACACGGCUGCUGAAGUCUGCGGUCAAGCCCUAUCCGCCCAUCAGCACGUCCUACAUCAAAACCACCACUCGACAGCUGAGCUCGCCCUCCUGCUCGCCCGCACCGUCCCCGUCCCACAGCCCACUGUCCAGCCGCCGCGGACCGGACCGAGCCCAGAGGAGGCGCGUCCAGCGCCAGCGCUCCUACAGCAUCACCGGCCCCAUCAGCCGCUCCGCAGACUGGACCGAAGAGCUCCGCACGCUCCCGUCCAAAACCAGCUGCUCAGAGGAGACGCUCAGAACCGGCGCCAAUCAGAGCUCCACAUGCAGCUUCCAGGAGGUCUUCACAGGCCGGACGCUGUUGGAGCGCUUCUUCCAGCAGCAGGACUCCGGAGAGCCGGAGGAGGCCGAGAAGCUCUGCUCCAGGAUCCUGGCCAUGGGUCUCCUCCUGCCCUUCAGCGACUGCUUCAGAGAGACCUACGGCAGCAGCGGACAGAUCGCACCCAAGUUUGACAUGCCUGAUCAUGUGUUUGGUGUCCAGCACGAUCAGCUGUACACAUGGGCAGCGGUCAGUCAGCCGACUCCGUCUCUGGAGGGACACCUGAAGAACCUGUGGCCCUCGACCAGACCCGGAGCCCAGGACCGGCCCCAACCCAAAUACACAGAGGAAGCGGUCGAGGAGCAGGAGGAGCAUCAGGCUGUCGUCUCUGACCUUAAGAAACAAAAGCAAGAAGAAAUCCGGCAAGUUGAGGAGGAGUCGGUGCUGAAGACGGUGCGUCUGAAACAGGAGCACGUCUGCGUGAUCGAGCAGCUGGAGCAGACCAUCGAAGACCUGCGCAGUAAGAUCGCCGAGCUGGAGAAACAGCAGCCCCUGCUGGAGCGGGAGGUGCUGACGCAGGACCAGGAGUGCGGAGGAGAGGAGCGCCUCCUCCCAGACGUCUGCCAUGUGGACCUACAGACAGAAAACACUGCGCUGCUGCCGCUGGAGGCCAAAUCGGUGCAGACGUCUCCCAUGGAGGAGAGCAUUAGGUUUAAAGUGCCUCCUGUGGAGGCGCAGGCGCCCGGGAGGAGUGACUCCUCGCUGCCAUCAGAAACUGAGAAUGCUUCUCAAGCGUUCGUGUGCAUGUGCCAGCAGCAGCCGGGCGCUUCGGUGCCACCUCCACCACCACCACCUCCUCCUCUGUCCGGGAUGUGUGCACCUCCUCCUCCUCCACCUCCGCUUCCAGGAAUGAGUGCUCUUCCUGCACCACCUCCUCUCCCAGGCAGUUCAUUUCCUCCUCCUGCGCCUCCUCUACCAGGAAUGGGUGCACCUCCUCCUGCGCCUCCUCUACCAGGAAUGGGUGCACCUCCUCCUGCGCCUCCUCUACCAGGAAUGGGUGCACCUUCUCCGCCGCCUCCUCUACCAGGAAUGGGUGCACCUCCUCCGCCACCUCCUCUACCAGGAAUGGGUGCACCUCCUCCGCCACCUCCUCUACCAGGAAUGGGUGCACCUCCUCCGCCGCCGCCUCUACCAGGAAUGGGUGCACCUCCUCCGCCACCUCCUCUACCAGGAAUGGGUGCGCCUCCUCCGCCACCUCCUCUACCAGGAAUGGGUGCGCCUCCACCUCCUCCUCCAGGUCCUCCGCCGUUGGCUCCUGGUCCUCCUCUGUCCUUUGGUUUGGGUUCUCUGCCUCCUCCGCUCCCGCUGGGUCUGUACGCAUUAGGAGCUACGCAGGAGAAACCACCUCGCAAAAGCUUCGUAGAGCCUCCGCGACCCAUGAAACCACUCUACUGGACCCGAAUACAGCUGCAUACCAAAAAGGACUCUCAUGCUGUCGUGUGGGAGGAAAUCGAAGAGCCAUCCGUGGAUUUUGAUGAGUUUGUCGAUCUCUUUUCCAAAACAGCAGUGAAAGAGAAGAAGAAGCCUCUGUCAGACACGAUCACCAGGUCAAAGACCAAGCAGGUGGUGAAGCUGCUGAACACCAAGCGUUCUCAGGCCGUGGGGAUCCUGAUGUCCAGUUUACAUCUCGACAUGAAGGACAUUCAGCACGCGAUCCUGAAUCUGGAUAACACUGUGGUCGAUCUGGAGACGUUACAGGCGCUCUACGAGAACAGAGCCCAGCAUGACGAGCUGGAGAAAAUCGAGAAACACAUCAAAUCCUCAAAAGACAAAGAGGGAAGCAAACCUCUGGACAAACCCGAACAGUUUCUCCAUCAGCUCUCCCAGAUUCCUAAUUUCUCCGGACGAGUCUUCUGUAUUCUCUUUCAGUCGACCUUCACUGAAUGCAUCUCAUCUGUUCAGCGCAAACUCCAGAUUUUGCAGAGAGUCUGCAAGGCUCUUCAGAGCGGCUCUGGAGUGCUGCAGGUUCUCGGGUUAGUUUUGGCCUUUGGGAACUUCAUGAACGGAGGGAAUCGCACCAGAGGACAGGCGGACGGCUUCACGCUGGAUAUUCUUCCCAAACUCAAGGAUGUCAAGAGCAGCGACAACAGUAAGAGUCUGAUGUCGUAUAUCGUGUCUUACUACCUGAGACACUUUGACGAGGACGCGGGCAGGGAGACGUGUGUGUUUCCUCUCCCAGAACCUCACGACCUGUUUCAAGCCUCUCAGAUGAAGUUUGAGGACUUGACUAAAGAUCUGCUGAGACUCCGGAAAGAUCUGAGAGCAUGCACUGCGGAGGUGGAGAAGGUGUGCACUGUCUCGACUGAAGAGCAUCUGCAGCCGUUUAAAGAAAAGAUGGAGGUGUUUGUGGGUGAAGCAAAAACAGAGCUGGAAAGUCAAGAGAAGCAACUCAGUGACACCCACAAAAUGUUCCUGGAGCUCUGCGUGUUCUUCUCGGUGAAGGCCAAGAGCGGAGAGAAAGAGGUUUCGCCUAACACCUUCUUCACCGUUUGGCAUGAGUUCUCCACCGACUUUAAAGAGAAUUGGAAGAAGGAGAACAAGAUCAUCCUGCAGGAGAGGCUGAAGGCUGCGGAGGAGUGUUUCCGACAGGUCAAAGAAAAAGCCACAUACAGCGUCAAACCCAAACACGCGUCUGGAAUCAAGGCAAAGUUGGGCAUGAAGAUCUGAGGCGGAUGUGGACUGACUCGUGUCGUUUCAUCUGUAAAUCGCUCUCGCAGCAUCUUCAGUGUUACUCUGCCAUCUGCCGUACCACACAGGAAGUGAUCCGCCGUCUGAAUGUGAUGUCAUAUCCUGUAUCCUGACGGAUGAACAUAUCAGAUGUUACAUAUCACCGUACAUACUGGAGGACUGAAGCAAUAUCAUCAAAACAAGGUUGUUUUAUUUUUAACCGACGAAAAAAGGCAAGAGAAAGCGAGAGUAUCUGGAUUUCUGAUGCGUCUUUAUUUUAAACAUUGGCACAGUCACAUGCUUUUAAACCAACACUAGUUAGUGCAGUUUAGUGCUCUAGUCAUCAGCUGGUUUAACAUGUUCAAAGCACACUCCAGUCCUACAGGACCUGAAAGAGACACUCCAGUAUGUACAGUACGAGUCAAAUCAGUCAGCGGCGAACGUUCAGGAAUCUACUCAGUGUUUUUGUGAAAUUAUGCAAUAUUGUUUUCUGUUUUUGCUGCAUCCACACAUUCACUCACUCACUCACUCAAUGUAUUUAAGAGGAUGUUUUUUUAAAUUAAUGUAAAUUAUAUUAACAUCUUUAUGUAGCAUUGGUUUGUUUUUAGCAUGUGCGUGUCGGAGGUGUGGAUGGACGUCUGCGCUCCAUGUGCAAUAACUGUUUGUAUCUGAACGUUUUGAGAAGAGUGUAAUUUAUGUAAAAUAAAGGGAUUAAUAAAUUCAGACAUUUUAAUUUA